UUACGCAAAGGCAUUAAUUUCUGCGUCGUCUCCAGAAGAAUCACGAGAAGGUUGAAAAAUGGUUAACCCUCAGCCAGGGUUCAACCCCUCAACAGCCACAGGUUAGGCCAACUCCUCAACGUCCAAGUCUAAAAUCCCAGGGCCUCAAGUCAAGUCUCUGGAGACGAUGAUUAUUGGGGGAACAGGUAAUGCAUUGCAGACUCUAAAGGAAAAAAAAAAAAAGAAGGUAGGACCGGGUUAAGGGUGGCUCACCCACCGUUUUCUGGUUCAAAUCCCCAAUCUUUCCCACAUAUUUGCAUCCUUGGCAGCCACUAAAACUAUAUAAUUAGUAGCCGGUCUUGCUCUCAUUUAAAUUGGGCCGCAGCAAGGAGAAGAUCGAUCUAGACGUCUCUCUAACCAUCGCUCACAGGGGUUAUGGGUCGGCACAGAAGCGUGAAGGUGAGCGUGCUAACGAUGGUUUUGGUGUUGGCCUCCGGUUUUGCCAGCAGGAGAUGCUCCUGUCAGGUUGUUCAGUUCAUAUUUGGCGACUCCUUGUCGGACGUUGGCAACAACAAUUACCUCACCAGGAGUCUGGCUCGUGCAGCCCUGCCGUGGUACGGGAUUGAUUUCGGCAACGGAAUGCCCCGAACCGCCGCCGACAUAGUAGGCGACAAAAUGGGGCUGCCAAGGCCACCGGCGUAUCUCGACCCAACCCUCGACGGAGACACGAUCCUGCAGAAGGGGGUGAAUUUCGCAUCUGGGGGCGGUGGAAUCCUGAACGAGACUUCAUCUCUGUUUAUACAGAGGUUUUCUCUCUGGAAGCAGAUCGAGCUGUUCCGGGGAACCCAAGAGAUGAUCAGGUUGAAGGUUGGCAAUGAGUCUGCCCAUAAAUUCUUCACAGAAGCCCGGUACAUUGUCGCUCUGGGGAGCAAUGACUUCAUCAACAACUAUCUCUUGCCUGUCUACUCCGAUUCAUGGUCAUACAGUGGGAUAGGCUUCGUCAACUACGUGAUAAGUACGCUUGACGCGCAACUCAGGGUUCUCCACACACUAGGGGCCCGACAGUUGACAUUCCUCGGUCUGGGGCCUAUGGGCUGCAUUCCCUUGCAGAGGAUCUUAACUACCACUGGCAACUGUCAGGAGUCGACAAAUAAGCUAUCACUUGCCUUUAACAGAGCAGCAUCUCAGCUCUUGGCGAAUCUAUCAAGCAGCCUUCCCAACGCCAGCUACGAGUUUGGGGAUGCUUAUGAUUUCUUCCAGGACUUGAUUGUUAAUCCUCAAGCUCACGGAUUCAAUAAUUCAGACGCCCCGUGCUGCUCCGUUGGAAAGAUUAGGCCUACUCUAACGUGUACUCCGAUAUCGACAUUGUGCGCUGACAGAAGCAAGUAUGUGUUUUGGGAUGAGUAUCACCCCACUGACCAUGCUAAUGAGCUCAUCGCCACGGAGAUCAUGAGAAAGCUCGGUUACAAGGCAGUCAACGAUACAAGCUAGCUAGUCUUAAUUACCGUUCCGUCUCGAGAAGGAAGCAAACCAGCUGCCGCUGUGAUGAUCGAUCACGAUCUUUAUGUUUGUUUAUGAGUUUGUGUUCUCUUUAAUAGGAAAUUAAAAGGGAGAAACUACACUGAAGAAUUGUAAUUCUUUCCUUUUCGCGGUCUUUUUUUAUUUCAUACACAGAAAAGGUUAGUGUCAUUGCCUCCUUGGUCUCAAUAAUAAAAGGAAAUAUUGAUGAAA